AUGCCGGUACCAACUAGAGAGCAUUGGAAAUUGAUAGCCGAUCGUUUUGAGUCAAUUUGGAAUCUCCCAAACUGCAUUGGAGCUCUGGACGGGAAGCAUGUACGAAUAGAGAAAUUUCCCAACACAGGUUCACAAAAUUAUAACUAUAAAUCAUACCAUUCUGUCGUUUUAAUGGCAUGCUGCGAUGCAGAUGGAUUAUUCACGAUGAUAGAAUCGGGAUACGCGGGAAGAAACAGUGAUGGAGGCAUUUUUAAAGCUAGUGCAAUGAAGUAUUGGAUUACCCACGGAGGUUUCGACAUCCCUUCACCUUCUCCGUUAACAUAUGAUGAGACAAAUAGUCCAUUUCCAUACUACUUUGCAGCUGAUGAAGCAUUCCCGUUAUCGCAGUAUUUAUUGAGACCUUAUUCCAAAAGGACAUUAGACAAUGUUAAAAGAAUAUUCAACUAUAGGUUAAGCCGUGGACGGAAAACUAUUGAAUGCGCCUUUGGCAUGGCGGCAGAAAAGUUUCAAGUACUAAAUGGUCCCAUACGAUGUCGAAAAGUAGAAUCAGUGAAUGACAUUAUUAAAGCGGUUUGCAUUCUACACAAUUAUGUACGUAAACGAGAGGGUAUCGUCUAUAGGCCCACAGACACGCAAGAAGAUCAUGAAAUAGCCGCAGUAGGUAUAGACACAAUAUUACCAAGACAGGUAACAAUAAAUGAAAGAUCUUCAGCGAAUACUAAUAGAAAUUAUAUAUCUAAUUAUUUUCUUUCUCCUCGUGCAUCUCUACCAUGGCAAUGGAAAUACACUGUACCAGAAAUAAGAAAUACGAUACGAUAUGAUACGACAACAUGA